UCCCCACCAGAAUGUGGUCCCGGAGAUGUCAAUGAAUGUACUGAAAACAGUCUCCUUACGCAAGUGACGUGGUUGAAAUGAGGUCCUGGGUAUUUCUCGACAUCGCUGCUUAUCAGAAUGAAAAGCAACGAAAAGACGAACACACCUCGUAGCUCGGUCCCCGAGCCUGCCGGAACGUGCAGCACGUGCUUGAACAAGGUUGACUGGAAACAGCAGAUUCUGGAUCUAUAAAGUUCAUUAUCACAUCCCAUCCUGUUUACUGGCUUGAAGUAUGGUCUGGCCACACAAUGAAGGAUGAUCACGCCACCAGAUCGGCUCUCCACGCCAUCGUUGUCGUGGUCUUCAUCUCUGCAGCGGUGUUCGGUGCAGCGUUUCAGCAAGGUGUACCAGGCUUAUUCCUGGCGCCCUUCCAACCUGAAAUGUUCCGGACUGAGUUGACACAGGGAACGUGGUCAGCGUACAUCUUCAUCGCUGUCUUUGCCUGGCAAGCUUUGUGGAUCCUCUAUUCUCUAACCCUCCACUGCAGGAAGGGUCCUAACGGUUCACACAUCGACCACCCUUACCUCUUCUCCACUCUUUUCCUCCUAGUCUACAUACUGGGGCUUCUCCUCUACAUCAGCUGGCUCUUCCUCCUGGAUAGAGAAGCUUUAGAGUUGGCCUUUAUUGUUAUUUUGGGGUCCACUGUUUGUUUUGCUAUUUGCAUUGGAAGGGCCCACCUGCAACUCUACAGAUCCAGGUUUGAUCUGGCGAAACAAGGCAGGCGAUAUGAUGAUGUCCUGUUCCGAUUGUUUGUAAGCAAUGGAGUGUCUGCGAUGUUUACAUGGAGUCUUAGUCAUGCAGUUAACUCGUUGAGUAAAGUUAUUGCUUUCAGGUCCGUUUCACCUCUUGGUCCUAGCACCGCCUCGACAAUUGCAUUUAGUAUUAUGAUACUGACAGUUGUCGUCCUCAGUAUGAUUGACGUUGCUUGUAAUGAGCUGUACACCCGUUAUACCUUUGGGUCAGAUAUCACAAGAAUAAUUAUAUACAGUGCCAUCACCGACAACAAUUUCGGUAUUACAAAGGUAAACACUAUCAUGUUUAUUCUAAUUCUCGGGAUCACAUUGGGAAUUGUAGCAAUUAAGAUCGCGCUCAUAUUACUGAGGUACAAGACUGACCCGGUAUUCCCAUCCGAGAAAUAUGUCCUCGAGAAGGAUACAUCCUUGUGCGAGAUUUAAACUUUUGAGACAUGCAUCACUUCGGGCUUUCCUCCCACAUAAAGCUGACACGCUGUGAUAUAACUGGAAUACUGUUAAAAGCGGCGUUAAACCCAGCUCACUCACCAUCUUGUCCUACAGGAAAACUAAGGAGAAUACAACAUAGCCUUUCUUAGCCAGCAGAAACCGAAUAAAAAUUACUUAUGCUGAAACACUACAUACCGCCACGAUUGGUCAAACAUUUGUUCAUACGGAAUGGCAUGGUCCAAAUCAAUCUUCCAAUGACAAAUUGAGAGAGUCCUGUCAACUCCUCUUGCAGCGCCUGGCCAAGUUCUGCUAACGUAGCGGAUGGCCUUUGACAUCACCGCGCACGUCUCCGGAUCAUGUCCCAGGCAUACUCUGUUUGGGAAAGGUGAGGACUCUGGCUGGCCAUUGCAUCCUAGUAAUGUUUCGCUGCUGGAGGUACUCAGUUAUUUGCGCCUUGUGCGGAGCCGAUUGUUAACAUAUUGUAACUGCAGAAACCUGUUCCAAAUUCCAAGGAUAGAACUAAUGUGUUGCUGUGUAUAAUAAAAGUUUACAAUACCAAUUGCUCAGAGCAAUUGGACGAUUUUCUCUUAAGUGUCAAAAUUAAGAAUGACCGCCUAACAGGGUGCACGGAGGAAGUGCAUGGUCCAUGUGUAAUGUUAAGAUUUGGUUCCGAAACCGUCCUCUGGUAGUCGUUUUUCAAAGCCGAUCUUCCUUCUGAUGACUGAUCAUAAAAUUUAUAUCUGAACAUCCCCUACAUUUUGUAGGAGUAUAUGUUUAGCAUUCUAUCUACAAUCUAAACACAUUAUCAAAUCUAAAUGUGUUUAAAACUUAAAUAGGACUCCGUAGCUCGGUGGUAGAGCGUUUGUCGGGAGAGCGGAAGGUCGGGGAUCCGAAACCCGGACGCCUCAUUCCAAAAGAUGUUAAGAGAUGGUACUUGUUGUUACCCUGUCUGGCGCUCGUCAUUAAGGGACUAAAACAAGGACUGGCUGCUUGGAGUCAGUAUACUGUGUCUGAGUGGGAUAUUAUGUUACACUGCGGCAUGGUAUCUCAGUGGUCUAGCACUAUAAAACCGGACUAGUACAAGCAGCCACACAUACGUCAUGUAAGUGGCUAAAGUCAGAAAUCAGGAAUGCGACGUUACACUCCAUACCACCUCACGUCUUUGUGUGAUAGCAUUUUCAGUGAUUAAUCGGAUAACCAUAUGUUAAUCACAUCUUCCAGUCGAAAUACGUUUAUGCAUUAAAACUUAAG